AUGAUCUCGAGGAACGCUUCACUGACAUUAUCGGCAAUCCUGGCGUUGUUAUUUAUAACAACAACCACAGCUCAGAUCAUUGCAAGUGAUGAGUUCACUACAGGAGUGCUUCGUCAAAGUUCUACCGACGAUAUACUUUACCCUUCACCAGAGGUGUGCGGAGGCGGGCAACUAACCAUUUGCGUAGGCUGUCGAACAAUCAAGAUAUGCGUUGGAACUGACGACACUACAAACCCAACGCAAAUCUGCCCUUCUUCAGCUCCGUUCUGUAACAUUGCGGGAGGUGGAUGUUCAACCAUACCGGACGAUACCCAGGAUGCGUGUUCGGAGGCAUCCGAAAAUUUAAAAUUCCGUUGCACCGGAAAAGGCAAAUAUCCAGAUCCGUUAUCUUGUGAGGGAUAUUAUUACUGUUCAGGAGUGGAUCAAAUUGGUGAUGCGUACAGGAGCCCUACAGGGUAUACUUUCAACAGCAAAGUUCAACUGUUCCAACGCACCAAUAGCGGAUGCAAAACUGUCAACUGCACGACUACUGGCCCAAUUAUGAAAGUUUACCCUCCGAACAGUCAGUACUUCUAUUAUUGUCAAUACGAUCCUGCAGACUCCACAGCUGAUCCGAGUAUCAUCAUGUUCUCGUGCGGCGAUGACGCCACCUUUGAUACCAGUGCUAAGAAAUGUGUCUACAAAUGCAAAAAAGAGGGCUUGUAUGCUAAAUCGACCAAUCCAAACGCGUACUAUCAGUGCUAUUGGUCCAAUGGUAAACUGACAUACAUCGAACGUUCCUGUCCACAGUCCACCCAGGUGUUCUAUGACACCAAAAAAUUGUGCAUUGCUCCUACGACCGAUUCCAGCAAGCGACGCUUCUGGGCCAAACAGUAA